CCCGGCCCCCGCCCUGCCCCGUCGGCUGCCCGCGUUGACAGUCGCUUGACAGCCGGAGCCGACUGGGGGUUCUCCGGGGCCAUGGACUCCUCUGGCGGCACCCCGGGGUGCAUGGGGCAAUGCACCAGCUUCCUCCGCUCCCACAAGGGCACGGUCCUGGCGCUGGAGAUUGGCCUCUGUAUUGUUAUCCUGAUCUGCUACGGUGCUUCUCGGACCCCUGGUUAUACGGGUGUGGCCAUCUUCGAGAUGGUGUUUUCAAUCGUCUUCUUCGUCAUCUACACGCUAGGAUUAAACAAGCAGUUGGCGUUUGUGCAUUGGGGCUGGAGUGAUUUCAUCCGUGCUCUGAUUGGUGCUCUGCUCUUCCUCAUCACCUCCCUCAUCGUCGUCAUUGGCCACAGGGACGGCGCUGGCAUCGCAGCUGGGGUCUUUGGGCUCCUGGCUGGCAUCCUGUUUGCAUAUGAUGCCUAUAUUACAUUCCCCACCCUCCGGAAAACCCACACAGCUGCCCCCACUGAAUCCCCGGAGGGUGUCUGAGGAGUCGCAGGACCCCGGCCCCCGCUUUGCUGCCUUCGCCCCCCCCCCCUCCCACCUCGCUGGUUCUUGUACAUACUGCUGGGGGGGCGGCAAAGCAGAGAUCCCCCCCGCAACUAAUCUCCCUCCAGCUCCCCAUCCCCAAUUCCUGCCCUGACCUCAGGGCCCCACCCAUGUUUAGAAGCCUUGACAAUGGGGAUAGCAUGGGGGGAGCCACCCGCCCACCCCAGCAAUGCCACCCCCACCUUCCUAGGUUGGCUGGAGUGAGGAUGAGGGCAGUGGGGUCUAGUGGUUAGAACAGGUGUGGGCGAGGGGGGGAGGGUUGGGAGCCAGGACUCCUGGGUUCUAUCCCCAGCUCAGGGCGGGGAGCGGGGUCUAGUGGGCUCUGUCCCCUUAUCAAGUGCCUUUACUCUUUCUGUGCCUCGGUUUCCCCUGGGCUAACAGGGUGUUACAUUGCCAGCUGUUUAGGGCUGAAUGACCCAUGUGUUUACGUAGGGCCUACCAGAACCGGAGCCCAUGGGAUGUUUUCAAGGGAAAUAAAUUUUAAUAUAAGGAGGAGAUUUUUUUUAAAUGAACUAAACUUAAUGCAAGGAAACCGGCCCCAGGGUGGGGGACUGGGUGGGGAAUGGCACACGGGGGGAUUGGUGUGGUGAUGCUCAGGGCACUGACACCCCCCCGCCGAACCCCUCAUGUUCCCCCCACACACUCCCCGGUCCUGCAUGUGGCUUGUGUUAAUUUCUGCUUAUUUUUGGGGGAAAAGGGUUAAUAAAAAUACUGAUAAAUGGU